AUGUCGUCCUCCUCAGAAUCGAGCUCGUCCUCCUCGGAAUCCGAUUCCGGCUCGACCUUCGCAGACCGAAUCGACUUCCAUAAAAGGAAGCAGCAGAUGCUGCAACAGAAGGUCGAGAGACAUGAGAAACGGAUUGUUGAAAUUCGCGAGGAGGAGAGAAAGUGCAUUGCCGCACUGAGGAAAGAGAGCGGAAGAUUUAAAACUUCCACGUCAGCGAGAACCAACAGCAAAAAGAACGCGAGUAAGGAGGAAAACAACCCCAGAUCGCGAUCGCGUUCCCGUUCAAGGUCAAAAGAAAAUAAGACGCGCAAAAAACAAAGACCAGCCUCCCAAUCGAGCUCUAGCUCAAGUUCAAGUGAACAAUCAGACUCCGAAGAGGAAAACCAAGAUUCAAGAUGUCAAUCCGGUCAGGCGGCUCUGUCUGGCACACGGAAUGAAGAACACUCGAAUCACAAACGAGCUC